CAAAAUGAAUCAAUCCGCGGUGGAUAAGUAAGUUUUCUUUUCUUUUUUUGAUUCCGGUUAGCCUGCUGGGACCUGCUUUGCGCGGCUCCUGCCACCUCAAACUCAGCCUAUCUGCUUUUUUCCUGUCUCGUAUAGUCUACCCUUCGUGUUUAACCUUGCCAGUGGAGAGGUUGUUGAAUGUCCGAAUCCAAGUGCCAAGCCCGAUCUCAACGGCCUCGCGAUCCAACUGGCCCGCUUCUGGAUGAGAAGGAUGGCCAAGUAACACCUAAACGUAUUAUCUGGGGUCACAGCCUUGAUGACUUUUUUCGCGUUGCUCAUAUCGAGGGGCGGGGUCUCACCACAAUCUGGUCACGAAGUAUGCAAUGGUUUGGAGAGAACUACGGAGAUGAACGGCACAGGUUCGGGCCUCCUCCGAGAAGAAGGAAACCUUGGCCACUUCUGAAACUCCCCAAGCGAAUGAAGGUGGAGAGCAGGAAAUAUGGUUUCGGGGUCGUCGAUCCGGGAUCGGAUUACGAUAGUGAUGAUUACAAUAAGUGCCAUGCGGUCCUUAUUGACGUUGACUCCGAUGACGAGGGGGAAACUAGGCCACUCUCUGGCAGAGAUGCAUUUAAGAAACUUCUCGAAAAGGGAUUUAACAAGGACUGGCCACCAGGUCGAAGCGAAGUCAUCCAAAAGGGCCUAAUAGAGAAGAUUUCUGUAGAGGAUGGACCGAAGCUUGUUGUUUUCAGGGGGGGUAUUAAUGAAGCUUAUUUUCUCGCUAAACUGGACUGCCCUCUUUGUGAAAGCGUUGGAGCACACCUCUGCUCCGAGUGCACCGUUGACCCUCCUCCAGUUAUUUAUGUUUCCCACUUCCAUGCACCAAACCCGUUGUUCAUUAAAGACGACUCGACGGCCUGGUUCGCCGAUCCUGAUAUGCCGUGCAUAUUUAGUGGAGCUCCCAUGCGUAGAUAAAACCCGCUUUCAAUUAAUGCCCGUUCACCGACGUUUGUACUUUUUUCUUUAGGGGUCCUUAUCACAAUUCAAAAACAAUGGGACGUUAUCAAGGCACCCUCGGAGGAUAGUUCACUAACAGGCGCAUUAGGAACCAAGAUUCUUAGAUUCCCUGGCGGACACCCGACGUUUUACAUCAUAGAUACGGCAUGUAAGGCAUGCGAAAGGGGGAACUUUUCUGACUGUGAAGUGUGUGGGAAGGACACCACUGAACCUAUCUUUUCCAAGUUUGGUGGAAAGUGGGGGCCUUGGUUUGCGGGUGUGAUUGGAAAUGGGGUGGGAAGGUUGAAUGACUUAGGAGACCUGAAAGAGGGAAGUGACGAU